UGUGCCACUUUCAGGUCUCCUCACACUGCUUGCUGGUGUGUUUCAUUUUGUCAUAGGGUGCUGGCAGAUUACGGGCCUCCCAUAGCUGCUGCCAGGCCCCUAAUCUGCCAAUGGGCCCCUGUACCGCCUCCUCACGCUGCUGCAAGGUCCACAGUGUGUCAUGCCAUGUCCCUGUACCACCUCCCAUUGCUGCUAUCUUCAACGCCACACUCUGCCAUGUGCACUAUCAGGUCUCCUCACACUGCUGCUGGGCCCCUAUUCUGUCAUAGGUUUGCUGGCAAAGAUUACAGCCUCCUCCAUAGGUGCCGCCAGGUCCACUAUAAUCUGUCCAUGGGCCCCCCGUACCUGGUCACGCUGCUGCUGGGCCACACAGUGUGACCUGGGUCCCUGUACAGCCUCCUUGCUCCCACUCUGCCAUGUGCCACUUUGAGGUCUCCUCACACUCCUGCGGUUUUUCCAUUUUGUCAUAGGUUGCUGGCAGAUUACAGGCCUCCCAUAGGUGC